AUGCCACCCGUUCUGCGCAUUCAUUUCCUGCUCUCGGGGGCUCGUAUCGACCUCCGGGAAGGCAAAGCAGCGUUCGGAAUGCUCGCCCCCCUCCGCCGCUGUCUCCUCUGUGUCCUCUUUGUCUCGUGUGUCUGGUCCUGCGCCUCGUCUCAUUUCCCUUGUCUACCGGCGCCCACCGCGUCCGCGUGUCUCUCCGCCCCUGCCUUGUCUUCCCCGCCUAGACCUGGUCGUCGUCUUUCUCCGUUCCCCCUUCUCUGCUCAUCUUUUCCUUCUUCCUCUUCUCCCUCUUCUUCCCCGUGCUCUUCCUCCUCUCCUUCUUCGCUCGCGCCGUCUCGUUUGUCGCUUCCUACUCCGCCGGCGCUCACGCGUCGCUUGGGGAAGGGUGGGGCUUCCUCUGGGUUUUCCGUCUCUGGUUCGUUCUCUCCGUUUUCUCUGUCCGCGCUGCCGUUGGCUCCGUCGCAGGCCGCAGUUCGCUCUCAUCUCCGCCUUCAGGACUCGAGUCCCUUCUUCCCUCCCUUGUUCGUCUGCUGCCCUGUGCUGUUCCUGGCGUCUCAGCGUGCAUCAUGGCGGAGCUGUGUCUCCGCCUUUUCUGAUUUUCCUUCCUGUCAGUCCGCGCCUUGCGGCGGAUGCCCCUCCCCAGCGCGGGCGCUGCUGUCUUCUUGCUUUUCACGGUUUUCUUCUGAGGCCUCCACAUUCCCACGUGCCGCGUCCUCAGCACCGCGACCCUCUUUCUCUGCGCUUUCGGUGGCGUCGCGGGCUGCCCCGGUGUCUGUCUCUUCUCGUGUAUCUCCAUCUCUUCUGUCUUCUUCAGUUUUUCUUUCUUGUUCUUCUUCCGCGCUGCAGAGCUCCAGCAGCCGUCUGUCGCCGACGCACUCGAUCGCAGGCCUCGCUUCGCCUGUGCGCGAGCGCAGCAUCUGGAAGCGAAAGAAGGCCAGUUCUGGCGCUUCGCGAAAAAUCAAGAAAAAUAAAAAAAAACUGAAAAAAAUUAAUCCGCAUCUGCCGGCACCGCCGCAUCCCGCGGCGCCUUCCUCUGCAUUGCAAUCGCCCGCGUCGCCUUCUGUGCCCCCUUCAUCCACUCCCUCCUUCCUCUCGCAUCUUCCGUCCCCGUGGCUCCGCGCCGCGCUGCCGGCGUCAGCGGCCUCGGCACGGGCCCUCCCCCGCGAGGCCUUCGGCGCGUUGCCGCUUCCGCUCGGGCUGCCGAUCGACGCGGCGCUGAGUGUGCUUCGCGGCAGCGCAUGCAUUCGUCUCCCAGCGGGGCUCCGCCCGUCGCUCGUCCGCGGCGUGCGGUUUCUGGGCUCCUUCGGCCUCGCGGCGCCGAGCGCCCCGUCCCCGCCCCCGUCCGCGGAGCAGGGCGAGGACGGCGACCGCGAGGAGUCAGCGGUCGCGCCUGCGGAGGGUGCGGAGACCAGAACGGGGGCCGCCCGUCGGGCCCGCGGGCAGCGCGGCUGCGGCUCGGACCUGAUCGCCUCGGGCGACAGCAGGCGCGAGAGAGCCGCGGCGGCGCGCGCGAGACGUGAGCAGUGCGAAGGCACCGAGGGCGACGAGGAGCUCGCCGCCGGCGUUCAGAUCGUCGAUGUGUCUGAGGCGAAUGCAUGUGGAAAAAAGGAGGAAGACGAACAAGACGAGGAGGGCGAAGAAGAUGAGGCUGAAGAGGAGGCGGAGGACGCCCGCCCAGACGAAGAUGAGGGGGUGGUGGAGGGUGACCAGAGCCUGUGGGACGGCGGCGGCUGUGAAGCGCGAGCCAACCGCGCUGCGGCCCCGUCUUGUUCUUCGUCGGAUGGCGGGAAGGCCCGUGGGCGCGACGGCGGAGGCCGCCGGGGGCCUGGUCGGCCCGCUGAGGCGGCUGACGACUCCGGUGUCUCGUCGCCUUCGGCGUCCGCGUCGUUUACGCGGCUCUCGCUGCGCUCGCGGCUGCUGCGGGAGCUGAUGUUGCCGAGUUUGAAUCUGCCGGAAGUUGCGUUCUUGGGGCGGAGCAACGCAGGCAAGUCGUCGCUGUUGAACGCGCUGUGCAGCUACGCGCAGCGGCGGCGCGCGGGCGCUGCGGAUCGGGCGCGCGUCUCUCGGCGGCCGGGGAGCACGCGCAGCAUCAAUUUGUUUGAGGUCUUUGGGGGCGGCGGCGGUCCCCCCGGGCCUACGAAGACGGCGCGGAAGAGACGCUCGUGGGGCGAGAAGGGGGGGACAGGGGGGGCGGCGGCAGCUGCUGCGUCGGGGAGGCGCCGCGGGCUGCUGGUCUUCGCGGAUCUGCCGGGGUACGGUCACGCGGAGGGCCUCCGCGUCCAGGAGACGAAGCUCCUGAGUCGCAACGUGCGUCUCUACGUGGAGAAGCGAAACGAACUGCGACUCUUUCUGCUCCUUGUCGACGGCCGACGCGGCCUCGGGGACUUCGACGCCGAUCUCCUCCGCUGGCUGGUCGCGCAGGACAUCCCGGCUCGCCUCGUCGUCACCAAGGCCGACGCGCUCACGGCGGCUCACCUCGAUAAUCUCCUGACUCAGCUUUCAUUCUACCCGAAGCUGCUGGGUCUGCCGCCGAUUUUGAAGCGCUUGAAAGCGACGCGCGGCGAGCCCGAGGCAGUAAAGAGUCACCACUAUGUGUCGCCCGCGGUCCUCGCCUCCGCACGCUCAUCAGCCGCCGCAGAAGAAGAACGCGACGACGAGACGGCGAACGAGGCAGGCCAGAAGCCGCCGAGUGCGGCUCCAGCGAGCGAACGCCACCGCGAGGAGGGAACCCCGGCGAGGGAGAGAGGCGAUGCGCAGGGAACGAGCGAGGCAGCGCUGCAGUCGCAGGCCUUAGCGGAUUCAGGAGAUGUCGCACGAGGUGAGAAGCACGAAGGGGCGUUCCGUUCUACGUCGUCUGCCAGCGACAAGCGCGUUGGAGUUCUUCACGGCAUGGAGGACGAAGAGGGCACGCGGAUUCGCCGCCAGGAAGAUGAAGCGAGAAAGGCGCUCGCUCAGCGCGUCUUGCCAGCAAUCGAAGGGUUUCGCGUGCGAAAGCGAGCAGCGCAGACCGAGGAGGGAAGCGAGGAAGGACUCAUAAAGGUCGUUUUCACUUCGUCGACUACGGGGCAAGGCAUCGCAGAGCUGUGGACGCACAUCUGCGAGGCUUGCAGCGCCCCGCUGGGGCCUUCCAGAGGCGAACGCGAAGAGGGGAAGGAGGAAGACGACGACGGAGACGACGAGGAAAGCGAAGGAGAGACGACUCAGGAGACACAAGAAACGAAGGAAGAAAGACGAGAGGAGGAACGGAAGAAGCAGCGAAAGAAAGAAGCGAAAUACGAGCCUUUUUGGGGCUUCGGUCUCUGA